AUGGCCGACGAGCUGUGGAAAUGGUGCCGCGCGCAGCGCUUCUCCGAGCCGAUGACGUGUCGUUUUGUUGCGGCCUAUGGGGAAAUGUCCUCGCUCCUCGCGUGCGCGCAGGACGAGGACGUCGUCAAGGAGACGCUCGUCGAGGUCGGCGUGCCCGCGGGCCAGCGGAACCAGAUGCUGAAGGCCGUGCGCGCCCUGGCGGCGACGUUGUCCGUUGAUGACGAGGCAGCGGUCGCGCCCGCCGCGCCGGUCCCCGCCGAGCCGCGGCGGAAGCAGCGCGGCGGCAAGAAGCACCAGCGCAAGCCCGCCGCCGCGCCUGUGGCCGCGCCGGUGCCCGCGCCCGCGCCGGUGCCUGCGCCCGCGCCGGUGCCCGCGCCCGCGCCGGCAGCGGUGGCGGCGGAGUCCUCGAGCUCGUCGUCGGGCUCGGGCUCGGAAUCGAACUCCGAUUCCGACGAGGCUGCGGCGCCGGCGCCGGCAGCGGUGGCCGCGGAGAGCUCCUCUGCGGGCAGCUCUAGCUCAGAUUCCGGUUCUAGCUCUGGUUCGGACUCCGACUCGGACUCCGACGACGAGGCCGCGGCGCCGGCGCCAGCUGCGGCCGCCGCGCCAGCAGCGGCGGCCGCCGAGAGCUCCUCCGCCGAGAGCUCCUCUGCGAGUGGGUCCUCGGCGAGCAGCGGCUCCGACGACGACGCCUCGAGCUCGGACGAUGGCGACGCGCCGCCUCCGGACACGCUGCCGCCGCUGCCGCCCCCUGCGGAGUCGGACUCGUCCGAGGAUGAGGACGAGGACGAGGACGGCGCGGCUGUCGCGGCGCCGGCCGCCGCCGCCGCCGCCGCCGAGUCAUCCUCGGGCGAAUCUUCCUCCUCAGGCGAGUCCUCCUCGGGCAGUUCCGACGACGAAUCGAGCUCGGACGACGAGGCCGCUGCGCCGGCGCCGGCAGCGACGCCGGCCGCCGCCGCGGAGUCGUCAUCGUCCUCGUCGUCCGGCUCGGACUCGGACUCGGGCUCGGGCUCAGACGAGUCGGACUCGGAUUCGAGCUCGGACGAGGAAGAGUCGGCCGCGCCGGCGCCGGCCGCGCCCGCCACGCCUGCUGCCAAACGCCACGCCCGCGCCGCGGACUCGUCGUCUAGCUCCGAGUCUUCCUCCUCCGAGGACGAGGACACGGCGCCGUCGCCGCCAACCCAGGGCCGCGGCCGCGGCACGCCCUGUGCGCCGCCGCCGCCGCCCGCGAACCGACCGCCACCAGCCGUGCCGGAGGAAGACGGGCCGUCUUUCCGCCACGGCGGGCACGCCUACGAGCCGCAGCUCGCGCCGUCGCCGGCGCCCGCGCCUCCCUCAACAGAUACGGUCGCGGUCGCGGAGGGCGAGGCCCUGAAGCGCGGCGAGGUCGUCGAGUUCAAGCUGGCGACGUGGGGCGAGAACUGGACGCCCGCGCUCAGCCCGCCGAAGCGCGCGCGCGUGUCCCGGUCGCAGGGCGGCGAGCUCACGCUCGAGAUGAACGAAGGCUCGCCGCUCGAGAUCCCCCAGCGCGAGCUGCGCGAGCUGCGGCGCGUCGUCGCCGAUUCGCAAGACUCGGCCGCCCUCGCGGAGCCGGAGGCCCUCGAGGAAGCCCAAGCGCCGCCGGCGAGCUCGGUCGCCGGGCGCACGCGGAGCCGCAGCGCGAGCGACGCGGCGCUGCCGGCGCCCAAGCGGCGGGCGCCGGCGCCGCCGCUGAGUCCCAUUUCGUCGCCCUCCGUGAGCGAGGUGCGCAAGGGGUCGAAGAGCAGCCGCAAGCGCCCCCGGAAGGCGGCCGGCGGUGCCGCGGCGGCGCCGGCACCGGUUCGACGCCGCACAAAAACGACGCCGGCCGUGAAGGGCGGCCCGAACGACACCGCCGCACCGGCGCCCGCGCCCGCCGUCGAGGAAAAGAAGUCCCCGAAGCGGCGCCGCGCGCGGAAGAAGAACGGGCCGAAGAGUCCGGUGCCCUUCUCGCCGACCCUGCCUCCCGUCGACGCGGCGCUCGAAGCGAAGAAGGCGAAGCUGCUCGAGUUGGCUAAGUAG